AUGCGUCACAGGAAGGGCUCUCGUCGCGCGCAGGUACUCUCAGAUUUUCGCAUACCCCCGCACGGCCAAUCGUUUGCCACCAAAUCUCCAAAAUGGUGUGCCCCCGAAACGGUGUACGACGCCUGGUUAUCUUCCCGAGCGAUGCCUGGCAAGACAGGCGCCUUUCUUGUUCCAGGUGCACCAAGGCCUCUCACUCGUGGGAAUGCCAGAUUGGCCCUCUUUGUCCUGCAGAAAUGCAUUUUCGACUUUCUCAAAGUUUUAUGGAGUUUGCAUCCACUACGCACAACGCUCAUGAUGACCCUGAAUAUUGUUCGAAGCCUUUUCCCGGCCUUCCGAGGUUACUCUCAGGCUCUCAUUGUUGACGAGUUACAAUCUCUGAUCGUGUCGGGUUGUUUCACGUGGUCCCGUCUUCUCUGGUUGAUUACUUCAGAGAUUCUUAGACGAAUGGUUGAAGGAUUGCUCGAUUCAUAUUCGGCAUCGAACGAAUCUAUUGUACUAAGCUCAGCUCGAUUUUUUGUCGAGUAUAAACAAAUGGAGCAUCGCGUUCGAUUAGAUGUCCCCACUCUUGCAGACCCCCUCGUCCGCGACCUUCUACAAGAAUCCGACCUUUUCGCACGUUCCUUCAGUGGAGGAGGGUUUGGAUUCUUGUCUCCGUUGGACUUUGUUAACGUCUUUUCCUCCACGAUCGAGAUUGCCUCCCAUCUUUUCCUUGUCGUAUCCCUUACCCGUGGUAUCUCCCACUUUGGUGUUCUCUUCCUCGCUGUUAUUUCCGCCCUUCUACCACUAGUUCUCUCCUGGUUUCAUUGCUCAACCGGUCCGGAAGACUCACCUUCUGAUAUGCGAGAGGCUAGAGCGGCGGAUCGUCAAGAAAGAAUGCGAAACAUGGCGUACAGCGAGGCGUACCGUCCAGAGAUUGCGCUCUUUGGCCUUGGAGAUUGGAUCCUAAAGUCUUGGUCGGGCGCGAGGAGGAUUGUCCUCACUUCCGAACAUCCUCCUCACCAACGCGCAUCCUCGGUCCUCGCUCAUUUCAACCUUGCAGAUCUGACGUAUGCACUGCAAAACAUCUCACUUCUCCUUCUGCUUCAGAGUUCGUCGACUUCAUUGGGAUCAUUGACUAUAUACCGAAGCUCUAUCCAAUGCUUAAUAUAUGCGUCAGGGAGCCUCGUUACGACGGUCAAAAUGGCUUUCCAAGGAAUCUUCCUUACAUCUGCUUUUUGUGCAAGUAUGAAGUUAAAGCCCCGUUUGCAGCCAAAGAACGAGGAAUUAGUUCCUUACAGUUGUGGAGCUUAUGGGCCGAGUAUUGAUGUCAGAGAGUUAUCUUACACAUAUCCUGGCUGCACUGAGCCAGCACUGAGAAACGUGAAUUUGUCAAUCAAAUCAGGCGAGACUCUUGCAAUUGUUGGCUACAAUGGAUCUGGCAAAUCUACACUUGCUAGAAUAUUGCUUCGAAUUGUCGACUAUGAUCAGGGGUCUUUGCUGAUUAAUGGCGUCGAACUUCGGCAUUAUAGCCCUUCGGAAUACCAUCGACAUUUAAGCGCUGUCUUCCAAGGAUUCUCCAAAUUCAACUCUUCGGUGAAGGAAAAUGUUGGAUUGGGUAACGUUGACAAGAUGGGUUACAGGCCUGCGAUCGAUGCGGCAGUCCAUCUUGCCGAAGCUGGUAACCUCGUGGCUUCGUUGCCUGAUGGGCUGAAAACGCAGCUCGAAAGUCCUGGUUUUGAGUCCAUCUCGUAUCCAGGCUAUAUGUGUGGUCACGCGCAACGACAUGGAUUAUCUGGUGGGGAGUGGCAGCGAAUUGCUCUCGCCCGUGCCUUCAUGAGAGCAAACGAACCCGACGUCGACUUACUUUUAUUCGACGAACCCACCUCUUCUCUGGACGCACACGCACAAAAUCAAAUUUUUGAUACUAUCACGAAGAUCUCCCGGACACCAUCGGGUGAAAGGCGGAAGACAGUCAUAUUUAUAACGCAUCGCCUUUCAACUGCACGCCGUGCGGACAAGGUUGCUAUGAUGGAAAAUGGGACGAUUUCUGAGUUUGGAACACAUGAUGAAUUAAUUGAAAAGAACGGUCCCUACGCGGCCCUGUACCACGCGUCCAUCUAG